AUGACACCACUUCUCCUUCCUCUCCUUCCGUCUGGGUCAAAGAUAACACCGAUGGAGCUCGACGUCCGGCCACUGCUCUUGGUUCGUCUCUCGCCUUUCAAAUUCGCCGGGCGUGACCUCGUGUUGGCCCCCCUGGUCAUCUCAUCUGCGCCAAGGAGGCAUGGGAUGGGGUGCAGGACCUUGGACGUCAGGCCAGCUAGCUGCUGCUGCUCCAAAUGCUCCCCCUCCAAUGACCCAAACUCAUCACCACCAGCUUCGGCGUGCUGCCACUGCGGCAACACCAGCCAGCCUGGUGUUGUCGCUGCUAUGCCAGAUUAG